ACUCCACACCGACCUCCGCCAAGUAUUAUCACCAGCGCCCUUUCUAGGCUCCUGCGUUCUUUCUUUCUCCUAUAUCGUCUACUUGUACCUGAACGAACCAGGGCUUCUGACACGCCCUUGUUUGGAAAACAUACGAUGAGUCUCUCGACUCCUCGACCAACACCAACUCGUUACUAGAUCCGGACAUUCGUUUACAUCGAGGAAUAUGAAAGAAAACAACAUUGCCGCGGCCGUGGCUGCGGCCAAGAGCCGCAAGGAGACGAUCCUGUCGCGACGCCAGAUCGAGGGUAUGAUUGCGGAGGGGAGAAAUGUCAUUGUAUUCGAGGGCAGGGUCUUAAAAGUGGAUGCAUGGAUGAAGUUCCACCCUGGAGGAGAAAAGGCCAUUCAGCAUAUGGUCGGAAAGGACGCGACAGAUGAGAUCAAUGCGCUCCAUUCGAAGGAAGCUCGUGAACAUAUGCUGUCGUUCCAGAUCGGUCGCAUCGAGGGUGGAUGGGUCAAUUUUCUUCCGCCAAUCCAGGGAGGCAAGUUCCGUCUAUACAACGACGACACAGUAGCGGAUUCGGAUGCGUCUAGUCAACAGAGCUCCCGACCUCCGUCCCCGAUCUUCGAUAAGCCGGAUGAGAAGACUGGCCUGCGGAGAAGAAAGUCAACAGCUUCGUCUGUCUCGUCCGCGACAACGACUCCCCCGGCUGGCCCGAAGGCGACGUCUGAUUCAGAACCAAAACCAUUCUUUCUCGACGCCCGGACGCAGCAGGAGAUAGUGCUGGACAUUUCCAAAUACCCAUCGUUAGACCAGGAGUAUCAGGACAAGAUCAGGGCGAGAUAUCGUGUCCUAGACGAGGAGAUCCGUGCGGCAGGACUGUACCAGUGCAAUUAUUUUUCGUACUUUAUCGAAUGCUGUCGCUACACCCUCUUUGCUAGCUUGGCAUACCUAUUUCUCCGUUUGGGUUGGUAUGGUACGUCGGGAUUCUUCCUCGGCUGUUUCUGGCAUCAGCUUGUCUUUACCGCCCACGAUGCUGGCCAUAUGGGCAUAACCCACAACUUCCAUGUCGACACCGUCAUCGGUAUCAUCAUAGCCGAUUUCCUUGGUGGCCUCAGCUUGGGCUGGUGGAAACGGAGCCACAAUGUUCACCAUAUCAUCACGAAUUCUGCAGAACAUGACCCUGAUAUCCAGCACCUGCCUUUUUUCGCCAUCAGUCAUCGCUUCUUCUCGAACUUACGAAGCACGUAUUACGACCGAAUUUUGCAAUUUGACGCAUUUGCCCAGUUUAUGUUGAAAUAUCAAAACUACCUGUACUACCCAAUCCUUCUCUUUGGCCGCUUCAACCUCUACCGUUUGAGUUGGGAGUACCUCAUCCUGGGACAGGGUCCCAGGAAGGGCCCAGCCUGGUGGCACCGCUGGUUGGAGAUCUCAGGUCAGGUAUUCUUCUGGAUAUGGUUCGGCUACUAUGUGGUGUACCGCUCCAUUCCCGAUGCGAGCAGUCGCUUCAUUUUCAUCAUGAUCUCUCAUAUGGUCACCUCUCCUCUGCAUGUGCAGAUCACACUUUCGCACUUCGCCAUGUCGACCGCUGACCUCGGGGUGCAUGAAUCCUUCCCGCAGAGGAUGCUUCGCACCACGAUGGAUGUUGAUUGCGCUACCUGGCUGGACUGGUUCCAUGGCGGUCUCCAGUUCCAAGCCAUCCACCACCUCUUCCCUCGUAUCCCGAGACACAACCUUCGUUCCGCGCAACACCUCGUUCUGCGUUUCUGCGAAGACACGGGUAUUCCCUAUGCGUUGUUCACGUUUGUGGAUGGCAACAAGGAGGUUAUCAGCCGACUCGGUGAUGUAGCGAAGCAAGUUCGGAUCUUAGAAGAGUGUAGAAAGGCGUGUGCACAGCAGGGCGUGUUCUCCGAUCACCAUUGAGAGCGUGUUUCCCGCGCGUUUGUUCAGCCAAUUGCAUUUGUAUAUACCACCUGCACCGUGUAUAUAAGCAGUGUUUACUCAUUUCAUAUGAUGACCAUAGCAAAUGAAGUUUUCUAAUGAGAGCUAGAUAUCCCUUUAACAUUCUACGUUAAAUGCUGAAGACGUC